ACGCGCUGAACAGUUUUGUUCAAAACGUUGAAAAAAUGCGUGCCUUGUGUGUUCUAAUUCUGAUCGCCUUUUUGGGUAUAGCCCUGAUCUCCACAAAGCCAUUUAACGAAACAAGAAAUCGGGAAGAAGGAAAACCGCUUAAUAAAACGGAAAUAUCUAAAAUAAUGGAGGAAUUGAAGUUACUGGAAAAAUUGGCCAACGAAACAUAUUAUUCACCAGAUCCAACUAAUAAGGAGGCCAAAGAGCCAACGGCUGAGGAACUUAAAGAUCCGACUGGGGAGGAAACACAACAACCAACUGGUGAAAUUGGAGAAGAUGGAGAGAUCAUAGUGCAGGAGGAAGAAGAAGAAGAUGAUGCCACUUUGGAUAAGCCCACUGAUGCGCAACCUGCGAAUUUUCUCAAAUAUCCCGCCCAUGAACCCGACUUUAAGGCAUAUCCACGGUUUGCCAUACUCAGAAAUGGUUAUGUUCAUCACAUGAAUUUGAAUUUUUAGUGUACGCUUUGAAUCACAAAAUAAAUGACGUGUACCUAAGCACAAUA